AUGGCGCAAAUCUGGCGUGCCGGCUUCGUCGUGGACGGGCAAGAGGUGGAGCUGGUUAUCGUGGAUGCGGAUAAGCUCGAGCAAACAAAGGCCAGUCAGCUGCCAUCGUUGGCACAGCAAGUGUUGGAAAUGCCGAACUGCUAUGAGUGUGAGAAGGAAUUUUCCUUGCUUGGAGCAGAGAAGGAGUGGCCGUUUGAGCAUGUGCUUGGCUUGGGCAAUUUGUUGAAGGAAGUCGGGGAGGGCUGGUCUCCAGGGUUGGCCACAUAUCUCACUUGGUCGUCUCCUGCUGGGGAGCUACAUGCCUUGGGGCUGGGAAGCAACAAGAAACGACGCAAGAUUGCAGCCCUUUUGGCCUUGACCCUUUGCCGUCUCUGUGGAAGUCAUUGGCCAGCUCCUCCUGAGCUUCGUGAUGAGUUGUACCAGGCCACCGCUGCAACAGUGCUGCGUCCGCCGCUGCGCCCUGGCGUGGCCGUAUCGGCCUCCAUACCGGUUGCGGGGCAGCAGGAGCACGACUGGCCAGACUGGCAAGACUGGCGCCGGUCACGAAGAGAAGACUGGUUGCCACUGUCAGGCUCAUGGGUUUGGUGGAGCAGUGACAUUUUAGUGGUUCUCUGUGAGGAUGUGUCCGCCCAGAUUUUCGCGGAUGCCAGGACAUGGUUUUACGAAGUCGCGGAGGUGCAGCAAGAACCGGAGGAACAAAGAGCCCCACGCGAAUUGAACCAACGCACCCAGCAGAUAUUUCCAGAUAUUUUCUUCACCAGCCUGUUCAGACACCAAACCCACGCGGUGGUUGGUGUAGGCCGGGAUCUCGAACAUCGCAAGAGAGCAGGAUGUUUGGGAUUGGCGGCGCGGAUAUCCAGAGGCAGCCUAUGUUUGACACGCGUGCAAGGUCAGGUUGUGGAUGAAGUGUUCCAAAGCCCAUGGCUUCCACAAGAACCCAUCCAACGCUUUUUUGAUUUGGAGAACCACGGCUUUUGGCAAAACAUCGAGAUUUGGCAGGAGUCUGAAGAACACAAAGCACAUCAGGAGCUAAAAUGGAUCACUGGAUCGGACAUCAAUCGCUUCAUCGUUGCAGUCGACCGAGAAAAACUGGAUCCCUACCAGGAGGUUCCCAUGAUCUACUUUGAAGUGCGCACGGCGGAUGGACACCGACACCGCUUCCGGGACUUGGACCGCACCGAAGAGACCAUGUUUCGGCAGCCGGAAAAGAAGGAUAUCACGUUGGCCUUUCGGCUGGCAGGUGGCUGGGAGGCUUGGAAGUUGUCGGAGGAGCUUCGGAAACAAUUCAACACCUGGUUGCAGAGCCGCACCCGGUGCCAAGCUGUAGACCAGGUGCGGGCGCGGACGCUGGAUGUGGAUCUGAAGGCCACCUUCGAGGACACCAUGGAAGGUGGGGGAUGGGGCGCGCCACGAAGCCACUACCAGUGA